AUGGUUGUCUCCCAUCUUGUCCCGCUUGCUCCCGCACCUGUAAGGGCUCCGUCCCUGGACGCGGUCAAUUGCUCCUUUGAUACCGAGCUGACGACUGCAAUGCCCUUUAACUGCCAAUCAUGUGUACGGAAAAAGGUCAAGUGUAAUCGCGCGGUACCAAAGUGCGCUAGUUGCAGCAAGGCGAAGCUCCACUGCGUCUAUCAGUCGCCGCCGCCGCGCAAGAGGAAGCGCAGUCGGGGCGAAGAAGACGUCCAUGAGCGUCUAGCACGGUACGAGCGUAUCUUGCAAAACCACAACCUCCUCCCGACGGCCGCUGCAUCGACCCCAAGUGGCAGAGACACGGAAAUUUCCACGAUCAGCACACGGGCCCCGACUCCUGUGUUGUCAGAUUCGCAACCUGGCCCUACGGCUGGCAAAGUAGUACUUUCCACCCACGGCAGAUCUCGCUGCAUUGACAAUGUCUUGCUGCUGGACGCCGGCGAAGGGGAUCUAUGUGACUUACCUGAGUCCAAACAAGAAGAUUACAACCACGACGAAAACAGCCCCGAUGAAGGCACACUGACGAGUCUUCUCGGCGCUCUCGCCGCACAUACGAUCUCAGGCGCAGUAAUAGGAAGCAUGCAGAGCCUCACCGACCUACACCCUACUUACGAGGAGGCAGCCAAACUCUGGCAAGUCUAUACGACGAACGUCGAUCCCCUUUGCAAGAUUCUCCACGUUCCAACGGUCGCCAAGAUGUUCGACGCUGUCUCUGAGCACCCUGCGGCCGCUUCUAAGAACGAUGAAUGUCUGAUGUUUGUCAUCUACUAUUUCGCCGUUUUCUCUAUGUCGGACGCCGACUGUUCGCGCGAGUUCAAUCAUUCAAGGGCACAGUUGUUGUCCAGAUAUCAGACCACAGUCAUCCAGGCAUUGGUCAAUGCGUCGUGGCUCAAGACAACCGCGAUGCCGAUUCUGCAGGCUUACACACUCUUCCUUAUUGCCUUGCGCACUCAGAUUGACUCACACACCUUUUGGAUCUUGACGGGGAUCGCGAUUCGCCUAGCGCAGCGCAUGGGACUACACCGGGACGGCGAAAGCCUCGGAUUGCCUCCAUUUGAGGUCCAGAUGCGCCGGCGGCUCUUUUGGCAACUCUUGCCCCUGGACAGUUAUGCUGGCCAAACAUCCGGCACGGGUAUAUCCAUUUCGCCCAGCAGUUGGGACACUAAGCAACCACUAAACAUCAACGAUGACCAGAUCUUCCCUAGCAUGACCCAGCCGCCCUGUGAGCAACGAGGCGCCUCGGAGAUGAUUUUUUGCUUAUCCCGGAUGGAGCUGUCCAAAUUCUACAUUCAAACGGGUGCCAAGCUGGAGGAACAUGGGGAUGCAAUCCAGUUUCGGGAUGCUGAGGACACUGAGCGUCUGAUUGAUAAGGUGGAAGACCUCAUCGAGAUCAAGUUUCUGCGGUACUGUGAUAUCCUGAAUCCCUUGCACUUUCUGACCACCGGCAUUGUGCGCUCGGCCAUUAAUUCCGUCCGACUACGUGCCCGGAUGCCGCUACUCAAGCAACAAACUAUCACCGAUGCCCAACGGAGACACCUCUGCGCCCUUGCGGAAAAGGUGCUCGACACCAACAGUACCAUUUUCAAUAACCCCAGCACGCAGAAUUUUCGGUGGCAUAUGCAGGCCUUCUUCUUAUGGGAUGCUCUUCUCUGUAUUCUCCGAAGCAUCGCAGAGGUGGGAUUCUAUUCGCCGUCCGAGCUCGCCUCUGCGUGGAGAAAGGUUGCGGAAGUCUACGCCAAUCACGACGAAUUGGCUAAGGCCCGAAGGACCCUGUACGUCACCAUUGCUAAGGUCACUCUGAAGGCCUGGCUAGCAAAUCCGCCCAGCCAUUCCUCUACCGAGCCAGCGUUCAUCACCGCGCUACUCGCCCAACACGAACCCAAGCGCACUAACCGGCAGCAAGACAGCGUAUUGUCGGGGGACAAGGAUGCAGGUGGGGCUUCUUCUUUCGAUGAACUUUUCAAUAACAUGGACGGGACCGACCUGGGAAUGAAUAACGCCUUCAAUCUCGAGUCUUCUUCAGAUUGGCUGUUCUGGGACCAAAUAUGUCGAGGAACAAGUCUGAGCUGA